GGGGCUCCAAUUUCCCAGCUGCAUGUGCUCAAAAAGCCCCCCAGUUUUGCUUUCCUUAUGAUUGAGAAACCCAAAGGCCUCAUGUGACUUUGUAGAUGACUUCACACAUUCAGAGAGCAGGAAGGAAGCAGAGCUGCUCUCGCUUUGCUUUCUGUGGGGCGGCUGCGAAUUCGACCUCAUUAACUCAGCAGUGCUCGGAGGGACCCGAAAAUGACCCCCCAAAGCCCCCCUGAGCCCCCCAAAUGCUGCUGCCUCAACAUCAAGACAGCGACAGUGGCCCUGGGGAUCUUCCACAUGGUCAUGAGCGUCCUGCUGCUGAUCGAGUAUUCCCUGGAGGUGGCCAAUGGGAAGGGCUUCUGCAAAGACCUGGCCAAGGAUUACUAUAGAAUUGCUGAUGUCACCACCAGUUUCCUGCUGAUCCUCGUGUUGUUUGUCAUCAGCUUCCACCUCCUGCUCGGGGUGCUCAAGAAGAGGGAGCGGUUCCUGAUCCCCUUCCUGGCCCUGCAAGUCAUCGAUUUCCUGCUCAGCCUCCUGACCAUGUUCAGCUCCUACAUCCAGGUCCCGGCGAUCCUCUCUGUGUCCUCCCUGGGCCACACGCAGGGCCACUCCAGGAUCCCUCUGCUGGCGCUGCAGCUCCUGGAUUUCUGCCUGAGCAUCCUCACCCUGUGCAGCUCCUACAUGGAGGUGCCCACCUACCUGAGCCUCCAGCCUGCCGACAGUGGGGGCACUCUGCCAACCCUGCAGAGGCUGCCAGCGGAGGAAUACACCAAAGUGAUGAUCACCUUCACCAUCGCCUUCCUGGCCGUGCUCUUCCUCAAGGCCUACAUGUUCAAGUGUGUCCUGAGCUGCUUCAAGUACAUCAAAGCCAGCAGGAGGGAGGAGGUGAAAGUGGAUCCACAAGCUGUGGAAAAGGCCGUGCUGCCGUCCUAUGAGGAAGCCCUGGAACUGCCUUCCAAGGACUGCCCCCCUCCCUACGUGACCAUCUGAGCCCAGCCCAGGGGAGAGGUGACCCCGAGGGCUGCUGGUGCCUCUCCCCCCGGCAGAGUCCCACUCCUCACUCCAGAGCCAUUCCCAGCUUAUCCCAGCUUGUCCCAGCCGGAUCCUGCUGGGAACCGCUGGAGCCUUGUCCCACUCUGGCACCUCAAUUUCCUGACCCUGGCACCGGUUCCCAGCCCUGGAAUCGGGGAUUUGGCUGCUGUGGGCUGCAGGGCUGCGCAGGCCCUGCCAGCUCCGCUCGGUGCCACCGCGAUGCUGUUUCUCCUCUGUCCCAGCAGUGAGGCCUUUAGGAAGUGGAACUGGGGGGGUGGACAGGGAAGGAAUUUUCUCUGGGGUAGCCCAGCCCUGCAGCCAGAAUUCCUACAGCAAAGGGAUCAGCCGAAAAUCCCACAGGGAUCGCAGCUCUCCCCCUGCUUGUGAUGAUUGACAGCAACCCGGAAUAUCCAGCCCAGCACUGCUCUGCCACUUCCCACCUGAGCGGGUGCAUCUUCUGUGCUUUCAGUGCGACCCCAAAGACGAGUUUCAAUUAAAAAACAAAUGUUAAUGGCUUCCAAA